AUGCAGAAGCCCAUUGACCAUUGCUGCCAUCAUGCAUGUGCAUCGCAAACAGACUGGGCCUCCGGAUUCUGCGUGACUUGUGUUUUCUGUGUAUUGCUUAGUUUAUUCAUCACGUUCAAUCCAGAUUCAUUAAGGAGGUCGGUCACUCAGUGUAAAACUUGA